AUGCCCAAAACUGGAAAAAGCUUAUUUGACUUGGACAUGGUUAGCGAAGAUCAUCAAGUGUUUGAUGGAUGGAUGAAGGAACUUGAAGGUGGAAAGGCAAAUGCAACAAACUACAAGAAGAUUAUUCAAAAAUCCGAACAAGUGGAUAUGAAUUUCAAGCUGGGUUUCAUAGCUUUAUUUGUUAAUACGUUUGCAGAAUCCAUUCCUAUGGGGACAAACAACUUAGUUCCAGUUAGAGCACUUGUUAAAGUAGAUGACAUUUCUAAAAUCGAUUGGUGUGCGUAUUUGUUGUACUGUGUGAAAAAUUCAAAAGGGAGAUGGCGUCCAGACAACCCCAAGUGUUAUUACAGAGGCCCGAUGUUGUUGAUGUUGCGAAUUUACUGUGAUGAAAUUGAAUGCAAGCUCCAAAAAUAG